GUUAACCUUUCUAUUACACUCUCCACCUCCCCAAAGGCGACGGCAACUACGACGGUAUCUCCGCAUUAACUUCGACAGCAAAUUGAUAAAGUUCACUGGCUUUUACAAUCUAAUUCUCACUAAUCGUUCAAAAGUGAGCUCUGAUUCUUAAUUAAAGUUCAAACCAAAAAAAAAUGAUCAAAGUUUACAAUUGUCGUCACAAAUUGUUGUUGGGGUGGAUUGCAUUGGUGAGAAGUUAUUGUUCAAGUGAAUCAACAAGGGAUGUUUUAGUUACAAGCAACAAAGUUUGUAAAAUCAUGAUGUCUUCUUCUCCAAUGGUGCUUGAUACAGCUCUUGAUCAAAGUGGGCUAAGGGUUUCACCUGAAGUAGUGGAGGAUGUUCUUAAGCGGUUCGAGAAUGCUGGUAUGUUGGCUUAUAGAUUUUUUGAAUGGGCAGAGAAGCAGCGGAAUUAUAUGCAUAGUAUUAGGGCUUAUCAUACUAUGAUUGAAUCUUUGGCUAAGAUAAGGCAGUACCAGAUCAUGUGGGAUCUUGUGAAUACGAUGAGGAACAAGAGCAUGUUGAAUGUUGAAACGUUUUGUAUUAUUAUGAGAAGGUAUGCAAGGGUUCAGAAGGUGGAGGAAGCGAUUUAUACAUUUAAUGUCAUGGAGAAGUAUGGUGUACCGCCAAAUUUAGCAGCAUUUAAUGGCUUACUAAGUACCUUAUGUAAGUCCAAGAAUGUGAGGAAAGCCCAGGAGAUUUUUGAUAGAAUGAAAGAUCAAUUUGUGCUGGACUCAAAAACGUAUAGUAUUUUGCUUGAAGGAUGGGGUAGGGCUCCGAAUUUGCCAAAAGCUAGGGAGAUCUUCAGAGAAAUGGUUGAUAUGGGUUGUGACCCUGAUAUUAUUCAGUUGCUCGAAACAAUCCUGAACUCAUCUGUCUCGUCCAAUUUUAUCUCCAUCAACACUCUCAGAGAAGGAAUUUUCACUUCAAUCGGUAAUACAGCUUUCAUCUCAUACACUAGUGAAAAUGUGGUAGCCCCUGUGGAAGUUCGGAUUGAUCUUCCAUUGUACCAUUCAUUUUUGAACGAUAUGGUGCUGAAUGAUGAUGUUUGA